AUGUCUUCAGAAGGUGAGGGUAUAAUUGACAAAAGAAGUGAAUUGGAAAAAAUCAUAUCUCUAACAGGCUAUGGGCUGUUUAGCUACAAGUUAAUUCUUGUCUCUGGUUUGGUGGCAAGCAGCGACGCUAUUGAAAUUUUUGGCGUCUCCAACGUUGUUCCUGCUGCCACUUGCGACCUGGACCUGAAUGACAGCAUGAAGGGCUGGAUAAACGCCUCCAUCUUUAUAGGCAUGUCCUUGGGUUCUUUGGUCUUUAGUAACUUGGCUGACGUUUAUGGCAGAAAAUAUAUGCUCAUCACAUCACUUAUUUGUAACGUUUUGUUCAACUUGGCCGCAGCUUUGAGUACUAAUUUUUACCCAUUCUGUGCUUUCAGAAUUCUGAGUGGCUUUGGAGUUGGAGGAAAUAUUCCAGUUAUCGGUGCCUACCUUACUGAAUUUCAACCACUCGAGAACAGAGGGAAGGUCUACACUGCCGUAUCAGCAUUUUGGUCUGUUGGCAGUUCGAUUAGUGGCGCUCUAGCCUGGAUUAUCUUGCCUAUAAAUUUUGAAUGGAGUUUUGGCGCGAAUUACGUGUUAAAAACAUGGAAUCUCUAUCUUUCUCUAUGUUCUAUUCCAUCGUUAAUAGCUGUCUGCACGAUUUUUCAUAUGCCUGAAAGUCCGAAAUAUUUACUCGAAGUAGGGAAAAAAUAUUUUCUUUCACAAAAAACUGACACAAUUAAUGAAUUGAAGUAUUCCAAACUAGAUGAAUUGAAAGUGGUUAUGAAGGACAUAUACAAAGAAAAUAAUCCAUCAGCUAACUAUGAAGAUUUUGAAGUAAAUGCUUACGGAAUGAUAAUGUGGUUUCCAGAGCUUUUCAAACGCUUCGAGAUGAACAAUGACAGUAUAUGUAGGGAUCAAAUGUCAGCGGACCAAGAUAAUUCAUGUAUAAAUUUUCUACUCUCAUCAAUUUGCGUAUUUCUAUUUUGGUAUUCAACAAGUUCUCUACAAAUGUACAUAAUGUCUUACCUUUUUGGAGCACUAUCGGCGGCCCAGUGGAGUGUCAUCAAUGUGGUCAUCGCUGAAUCUUUUCCAACAAAACUAAGAUCAUCCGCUUUUGGGUUGUGUUUAGGCAUAAGUCGACUGGUCGCGGUGCUUUCAAACUUAGUGUUUGGGUACUUAUUGAACGUCUACUGCAUCCUUCCGUUCGCACUCAUCAGCUUCUUCUACUUUGUAGGCUUCAUCCUGGCUUUCUUUUUCAAGGAGACCAACAAAGUUGAGAUUAACUGA